AUGAAUACUGGUCUUGUAUAUGACGAAAACAAGGCUGGCUUAGCUGCUCCAGCUGAAGAAGUAAGAGAAAAGAUUAUGAGCAUUUCAAAAGGUUCAAAAUACUUUGAACAACAACAAAAACGAUCAACACGAGCAGAUAAACAAAUUUUGCAAAUGAAAAACAAGCUUAAACAUACAAGUGAGAGUGAACGCCAUUUUGCAGAGAUGCAAGUCGAAAAUUAUUUACAAAAUCUUGAAAAACUUCGAGAUUAUUCAAAAACGUAUUUACAUGCUGAUCUUGAUUCAUUCUUUGCCUCAUGUGAAGCCUUGCGAGAUCCAUCUCUUGUUGGAACAGCCUUUGCAGUUGGCGGAGAAAUUAAACACGGCGUUUUAUCAACAACAUCAUACGAAGCGAGAAAGUUUGGUGUGAGAAGUGGUAUGGCUGUGUUCAUUGCUCUUCAGCUCUGUCCGCAUCUAAAGAUUGUUGAAUCCCAUUACGAACUUUACAAACAUUAUUCUUCUAUCGUCCGAAAAAUUUUUGAAAAAUAUGACAGUCAUUAUAUCUCAUUUGGCUUAGACGAAGCAUCAUUAGACUUAUCAGAACAUGUCAAGCUUGACUACGAAAAGGCCAUGGAUAUCGCAAAAAACAUACAGAAAGAGGUUUUCGAGCAAACAAAAUUAACUAUCUCAUGUGGCAUCGCCAUCACUCCUCAGCUGGCCAAAAUAGCAAGUGAUGUGAACAAGCCGAAUGGUAUUUUCGAAAUAAAGCAUGACAGAGAAUCAACACUCGAUUUUAUUUCGAAAUUACCGAUCAGAAAAAUUCCAGGUAUUGGAGGAGUGGCUGAACAACUACUCCACGGUAUAGGAAUUACUACAAUGAAGGAUGUUAUGGAUAAAAAAACUGAUUUGUGGAUUUGCAUGCGUCCAUUAUUUUGUCAAUUCAUUUUUUCUGCAUGUUUAGGUAUCAAUCGCCAGACAUUUGGUGUUACCCGACAUCAGCAAAGUAUCUCCAAGGAGAGAACAUUCGAUAAUACCAAUGAUAGAGUGUUUAUGGAAGAAAUUAUCGAAAAAUUAUGCAUGGAAGUAUGCAAAUUACUUCAAGAAAUGAACGUAUUAUGCAGGAACGUGACAGUUAAAUUCAAAGACAGUAGUUUCCAGACAAUCACAAGAUGUCUGUCGUUCGACCAUGAUACCAACAAAAUUUUUGACAUUUUUUGUGCAUGUGUCAAAAUUUUGAAUGAUGAAUUGAGAAGUAGGUAUGUGAAGUAUAGGUUACUUGGUGUUAGAUGCGGCCAACUUUCUACACCAAGAGCUAAGAGACAGAUCUCAAUUCAAACGAUGUUCAAGAAAUGCGAAAAGAAACAAAAUGAAAGCCAAUUUCCGAAAGAAGAUGAAGAAAUAGAGUACUUUAGCCAGCAAUGUGAUGAAGAAGAGCAGGAAUACGAAUGCGAAAGCAUGGUUGAAGAUAAUCUUGAUAAUAAAGUUGUAAUUGAAAGCGAAUCUAGUCAGCAAAAGAUUGUUGUUGAUAACGAAGAGUUCAUUUCGUUAGAGAAAGAGUUCGCCAACAGCCAGAAAGAAGAAGAAACCAAAAAUGGAACUGGAAAGAAACAAAAUUCAAUUACACUUUUCGAUUUCUUUGAUAAGAUCAAGGACACAAACUCAAAGAUCGCUGUAAUCAAUCCUCCAAAGAAAAAAUCGGAGAAAAAACAAAAAACUACAGGAUUCUUCAAAAAGAAACCAACAGAAAAGAAUCCAAAGCCAAAGCAGGUACAAAAGCAACUCCCAUUUGCUCCUAAUUAA